AUGGCGGCUAUCACUGAUCUCUCCUCUAUGUAUCGCUGGUUCAAGAACUGCAAUCUCGUUCGCAACCUCUCAGACAAGUACGUCUUCAUCACGGGUUGUGACUCGGGCUUCGGGAACCUGCUGGCCAGGCAACUGGUCGAUCGGGGCAUGCGGGUGCUGGCUGCUUGCUUCACUGAGGAGGGGGCCCAGAAGCUUCAGCAGGAUACCUCUUACCGCCUGCAGACCACCCUGUUGGAUGUCACCAAGACCGAGAGCAUACAGGCAGCGACCCAGUGGGUGAGGGACCAAGUGGGCGAGCAAGGCCUCUGGGCCCUGGUGAACAACGCUGGUGUGGGCCUGCCCAGUGGACCCAAUGAAUGGCUGACAAAGGAGGACUUCGUGAAGGUGAUCAAUGUGAACCUGGUGGGACUGAUUGAAGUGACCCUCCAUAUGCUGCCCCUGGUCAAAAAAGCUCGGGGCAGGGUCGUCAACAUGUCCAGCUCAGGUGGUCGUGUGGCAGUCAUCGGUGGUGGCUACUGUGUCUCCAAGUUUGGCGUCGAGGCCUUCUCUGACAGCAUCAGGCGUGAGCUCCACUACUUUGGGGUGAAGGUCAGCAUCAUUGAGCCGGGGAACUAUCGAACAUCCAUCCUGGGCAAGGAGGGCCUGGUGUCCCGUAUGCGAAGGCUGUGGGAGCGGCUGCCUCAGGAGACCCGGGAUAGCUAUGGGGAGGAGUACUUCCACAACUAUACCGACAAGUUAAAAAACAUGAUGCAGUUGGCAGAGCCAAGGAUCAGCGAGGUCACCAACAGCAUGGAGCAUGCCAUUGUUUCCCGGAGCCCCAGAAUCCGUUAUAACCCUGGCCUGGAUGCCAAACUCCUCUACGUUCCAUUGGCUAAGUUGCCCACCCCUGUGACAGAUUUCAUCCUGAGCCGGUACCUUCCAAAGCCAGCAGACAGUGUCUGAGCUGGGGAAGUCUA